AUGCUGCGUACACCGUUCUCUUUGGUCUGCUUCAUUGCGCUCGCCAGUGCAGCCAAAAAUGGCCCGUCGCACCUGGACACACUUGUGACAUUCGGCGACAGCUACACGGAUGCAGUCGUUACCGGAGACAACGCUACGGCAUGGCCCGUGUAUGCUGCAGGAUAUGCACACGCAACGCUGCGCCCAUUCGCCCGUUCCGGCGGGACUUGCACCAACACGCUCACGCCGCGCACGUUCCCAAGCGUAAUGGAAAGCCAAGUGCCACUUUAUCUGGAGGAGGUCCGGAACAGGAGCUUGAGGGUGGACUACGAGAAGGCACUGUACACGUUAUGGAUUGGUACGAAUGACCUGGGACCGAACACUCUCUUGACUGGCGAUGAGGUUAUGCCUAAUGCGACUAUCGCAUCCGUCACUGCCUGUACCAUUGACUGGGCGAAGGAGCUCUAUGCCACGGGUGUGCGCAACUUCCUCUUCCAAAAUAUCAUACCUCUUGAGAGGUUACCGAUAUACUCCGUCGACAGCUACCCAAAUAGGUACUGGACAGCCGAACGUAACACGACGGAAUGGCAUCUCUUUAUCCAUGAACUUGCCGUCGCCGGGAACACUAUCUCACGCUUGAUGUGGGAGUCGUUGCCAGCGAAACUGCCGCACGCACAUAUCGGUUACUUCGACUCGCACGCGCUAUUCACCGACAUCCUCGACGACCCGCGCAAGUUCUUGAAUGGCACUCUGGCGUCACCGAAUAUCACAGGUGCCAUCAAUGCGUGCGUGUUCCAACUCAACGAGAGCACCUCAGGCCCAGCGGACUGUACAGUCGCACAGGGCAGCGACAGGGAUAGCUUCAUGUGGUACGACGAGCUGCAUCCGAGCGAGCAAGUCGACAGAGUCGUCGCGCGAGAGAUUGCUGCCGUGCUGGAGGGUAGGGGUAGCAAGUACGCGACUUGGUUCUCUUGA